GGCAACACUGUAUCCAAACAUCUGAAUGUCGCUAACGCCGUGAACUAAUUGUUAUUUUUUUUCUACGAGCCAAUCAGUAAUAUUAAGUAGUGCAGCGCGAAUGUAUUUCUCCGUUAUCCCCUAACGCAAUCGAGGAUAUAGCGCCGUGGAUCAAAGGAAACAAAGUUGAUUUGUUUAUUUCUGCAAGGGCUCGGACGGCGGCAGGGCUGUGUGUGUCUGUGUGCUGUGUGUGUGCGUGCGCUUCAUUCAUUUUUAUAUCUCGAAGUGCCCGCUCCGAAUUAAACAAAAUAUACACACGGGUCUCCAAACAAUAGCAGUGGCGGCGAAUCCGAAUCCCCCCCUCUUCCGCCGGCGAUAAUAAAUAACAUUAAGAGAGAAAGCAAGAAGAACGUACAUACGAUAUAUUUUCUGGCUUGUUAAAUGCAAAAAAAAAAAAACACUACCGAUACAGCGAAGUAAAAAUCAAUAAUUAGAGCUCGUUCCCAAAGCAAAAGCAAACGCAAAAAAAGCACAACAGAUUUGAGCAAAAGACAUUAUAUAAAGUACAUAAAAGUGAAAUUCGUAUCCAAAGUCAUGUUAAACAGCGCAAAUAACAAUUCUCUCCAGCAUCCGGUAACAGCACCAUCUGAAAUCAACAUGAAUGGCUAUAACCGAAAAUCGCCACAAAAACGGCGUUAUGAUAUGCCAAAAUAUGCUGUUCCGCCAAAAAAGAAAACAAGCAAGGAACGCAUACCACAGCCGAAGAAUACAGUAGCAAUGCUAAAUGAGUUAAGACAUGGACUGAUUUACAAAUUGGAGUCACAGACUGGUCCGGUGCACGCACCCUUAUUUACGAUAUCCGUUGAGGUCGAUGGACAGAAAUAUUUGGGCCAGGGACGCAGUAAAAAAGUGGCACGCAUCGAAGCAGCUGCUACCGCACUACGAAGCUUUAUACAGUUCAAGGAUGGAGCUGUACUGUCGCCAUUAAAGCCAUCGGGCAACCUGGACUUUACCAGCGAUGAACAUCUUGAGAAUGGUAUUGAAAAUUUAUCCAAUCAAAAAUUGGUCGAACACAUUGAGACGUUGAUGUUGACUGAAAAGAAAUCCAACCUUACCUCGCUUGAACAACCCACGUUGCGUCUACAAAUGUUUUGCAUGAGUCAGAAUGUGAGCAAGAGUGCCAUUGCUGUGGACGGCCAGAAGAAGGUGCCAGACAAGGGACCGGUCAUGCUGCUCUACGAGCUCUUCAAUGACGUUAAUUUCGAAUGCAAUAAUAUCGACGGUGCUCAGAAUAAUUGUCGUUUCAAGAUGACUGUGACCAUAAAUGAAAAGAAAUUCGAUGGAACAGGCCCUUCAAAGAAACUGGCCAAGAAUGCCGCGGCCAAGGCUGCUUUGGCUUCGCUGUGCAACAUCUCGUACAGCCCCAUGGUUGUGCCGCAGAAGAACGUGCCCCUGCCCAUCGACGACAAGUCCUCGUCUAUGGAGCUGCCACAGAUCCAUGCCGAUACGAUCGGGCGGCUGGUUUUGGAGAAAUUCAUGGAGGUAAUCAAGGGCCAGGAGGCAUACUCGCGGCGAAAGGUAUUAGCGGGCAUUGUAAUGACUGAAAACAUGAAUUUUUGUGAAGCCAAAGUUAUCUCAGUUUCAACGGGCACCAAGUGCGUCAGCGGGGAGCAUAUGAGUGUGAACGGUGCUGUCCUAAAUGAUUCUCAUGCCGAAAUAGUCUCCAGACGUUGUCUUCUCAAGUACUUAUAUGCCCAGUUGGAUCUUCAGUGCAAUCAGGCCACAGCAUAUCAGUCGAUUUUCGUGAGGAAUACUGAUGGGCAAUACCCUUAUAAACUAAAAUCCGGGGUACAUUUCCAUUUGUAUAUAAAUACAGCACCUUGUGGGGAUGCACGGAUAUUUAGUCCUCACGAAAACGACACAGGUGUUGAUAAACAUCCAAAUAGAAAAGCCCGUGGCCAAUUGCGCACCAAAAUAGAAUCCGGAGAGGGCACAAUUCCAGUGAAAAGCAGCGAUGGCAUACAGACCUGGGAUGGGGUAUUGCAGGGACAACGCCUGCUAACCAUGUCCUGUUCGGACAAAAUCGCUCGCUGGAACAUCGUGGGCAUACAAGGUUCCUUGCUGUCUUCCAUUAUUGAGCCCGUAUACCUGCACUCGAUCGUCCUGGGCAGCCUGUUGCAUCCGGAGCACAUGUACCGUGCCGUUUGCGGUCGGAUUGAGAAGUCCAUUCAGGGUCUGCCGCCGCCGUAUCAUUUAAAUAAGCCACGCCUGGCUUUGGUCACCUCGGCGGAGCCGCGAAAUCAGGCCAAGGCUCCAAAUUUCGGCAUUAAUUGGACCAUCGGGGACACCGAACUGGAGGUGGUCAACUCUCUGACGGGCCGCACCAUUGGUGGCCAAGUUUCGCGGAUCACCAAGCAGGCAUUCUUUGUGAAAUAUGGAUUUCUCAUGAAGAAUCUACCGGGUAUACCGAUACGCAAGGUGACCACGGAUUAUGGUCAGACCAAGGCGAAUGUUAAGGACUAUCAGACGGCGAAACUAGAAUUAUUUUCGGCCUUUAAGCGCGAGGACCUUGGCAGCUGGCUAAAGAAACCAAUCGAACAAGACGAGUUCGGGCUUGUCGAAUGACUGCAUUCAGCGAUACUACUAUAUAAUAUUUAUUAUUAUUAUAUAAAAAAAGACAAAAGUAACGGCAAGCAAUUAAUAGAGUUAGAAGACAUAGAUUUUAGACAUAAAAAGAACAAUUCUUUUUCGCAAAAACAGCGAGUUAAAUGUAAUAAUAUUUAUUAUAAUCACCUGCCAACCUUGUUUUCCCAACAACAACAACAAUGCAACAGUAAGAACAACAACAACAAGAACAACAGCAACAAGCACAAAGAUGCUAAUGCUCGAACCAUUAAAAACGGCUCUAGAAUAUUUAUAGAAUAGAAUGUAGUCUUUAUGCUGGAACUGAGUAAAGGAGUAUUAUGGCGUUUUUUGUUGAUAUCAAAACGGAUUCUUCCAUAUCCCCUCAACCUUGGUUACUUUUUCCCCUCGAUUCGUUCUUUAAACAAAUUCGUUACAAAAAACUAAUAAUAAAUAAAAAGAAAAGAAAAAUAAAUAUAUUUAAUAUAUAUAUAUAUACGCCUUAGCUACACUGCUUAGAUUUAACAAGAAAAUAAAUAUGAAGGUGGGCUUUCAUUAGAUUUCUUCUGUUUGUGCCUAUUUAACGAGAUUAACGAGAUUAACGAGAAGGAGAGGAAUGUGGUAAUUACAAAUUCAAACAAAAAACGAAAACAAUUUUGGAACGUAUGUAUGGAAAAUCUUUAAAGUAAAAACCGAGAAAUAACAAUAACAAUUAAGCAAUUGUAUGUCGUUAAGUAAUGCUAUUUGCAAGGACAUAAAAAUAACAAUAAUAAUAAUAACAACAACUAAUAACACAACCUUACAAAGUCACGCUUUAUAAUAAUAAAUAAUAUCAAAAGUAGACUUUAGGGUGAAUCUGCAUACGUACUUUCAACUUUCUUCAAAAUCAUAUAGACAUACAUAUAAUAUAUAACAACCUAGGCUUUUCAAACCGUUUUCAAGGUAUUUCAUCAAUUAACGAUUUAUGUAGAUUUCUUUAUGAUAAUUAGAAGGCAACCGAAUAGAUUAGUUACAGUCUGCAGCUUGUAGUGUCAUCUUUAUCUAAUAACUAACUAUCCUUUUUCGUAAAUUAGCAGCAUCAUCCUAUCCUAGUUUUUGUCUCAGUAUCGAUAGAACUCGAUAUACUCCAUAGAACCUUUCCCGCUUGAUUUUUAAACGUAUGAAUAAAAAAAAAACCUAUAUAUUUACAAAUUAUUUGACGCGUAUGUAGAAAUUUUAAUGUUUAAAUCGGUAUUCUUUUUCAUAUUUUGGAGGAAUAAAAAAAGAGAGAACAUCAAAUGGAUCAUUUUCCAUUAUAUCGAUAUAUGAAAGUUAAAUUCCCAAGUUUUCGAUAUAUAAAAAUUCGAUAUAUCAAAGUUUUUUAUAUAUUUAGGUCGAUAUAUCAUAUCGGACUUUUUCUUUCUCGAAUUCUUUAAAGAAUUGCUAGAGUAAGAGUAGAUCUUGCCACAGAAAAUGUAUUUGACAUUAUAAGAAAUUUGUCUAGAUUUUUUUUGUUUCAACUUACUCACUGUAAGUAUUUCCCCUUCGAAGACUUCGCUUGAGUUCCAUGUAUUACUUAUGGUUUUUUUUUUUUUUUCAACAACCAACCCCCCUGCAUUACUUGGUUUUUAUUUUUGAAAUAAUAACAAAUGGAAUGAAGAAACGAAUAAUGUGACGACAUAAAUGACUUGAGUAAUACCGCAUAUAUAAUGGAUAAAGAAAAGUUGAUCUUAUAUAAAAUACUGUGAUACUAAAUUUUACUAGUACUUCCAGCAUAGCUGCAUUUUAUCCAUUCUUAAAUAUUCUAUGUUAUAGAAGAAGCAGCAUCAGAUAAUAAUCAUACAAAUAAUAACCGUUAUAUAGGAAGAAAACGAACAACAAAUUAUUACAAGAAAAAAAAAAAGAAAAACGAGAUAAAUAUUAAAACAAUGCUUAUCUAAAUUAGAAAUUCAAAUAAGAAAAGGGAGAAUUUUACACAGAAAAUAUAGGGUUAAAAGGGGUUUUUCUGAAAGGUCUUUAGUUUUUAUUUUUAAUUGCAGAACAAACAUCUUUUAAAUAUAUAUACAUAUAUAUGGGAAAAUAUAUAGAACUUUGGUUCGGCUAAUUCUUGUUCAAUAUUUAUUAGAUUUACUCCUCUCUAAGACAAUUAAUUACUAUUACAAAAAGGAGACUCCUCUUUACCAUUUAAAUAAGUUAAAACGAAAAGCUAGUCAUUAAACGAGUUUACUUGUUUCUUGUUAUAUCAAAUGGUUGAAAUUCUAACAAUUUUUUCAGUUGUUUAGCCUGAUUAUUUUCAUAAAAUAAUAGCUAAAAAAAAAUACAUCAAAAUAUAUAUAAAAAUAACAGAAUUUUAAAACGAAAAAGAAUAAUAUAGAUAUAUAUAUAUAUCUAUAUAUAGUAAGCGAAAUACAAAAGAUUGCUCAAGCCGCAAACACUUUUGGUAGUUAUUCAUUAUUUUCCCGGGACUUCCCCUACUGACAGGACAAACAAAAACAAGAAAAAUUUAUGGAAAAAUCCAUUUGCAAACACAGUGAUAAGACGAGAUUGUAUUUCUUACCAGGGAAAUACAACAAAACACACACGUAGCUAUUAAAAAAUGACAAUGUUUGAAUUGGUCCGAAGAGAAACACCCGAAAUACAGGCCAAUGUUUAUUCCAUUUGUAACCCCCAUAAAAACUACACACAAAUAAGACAACAAAAACUUGGGUUAACUCCGGUAUUUAUUAGAAAUUAUGCAAAAAAGAAAAACAAAACAAGAAAUAACAAAAGAACACGAGCCACAUCGAAGGUGAACACUUACUAUUACUUACUAUUUAUUUUGUAGUUUCUAGAGUGUUAUAAGACUAUAUCCAACUAAGCAGAUAACGAAGACAUAGUGCCGACUUCAUACUUGAUACAAUUAUAUAUAGAAAUCUGCUAUUAUUUCUCCCAAAACACACACACACAAACACACACACACGGACACUCACACACGGAUACAUCUUUUAAAUCUUAGAGAUACAUAAAUAGUAAUCUUACUCCAUUACUAAAACUUUUAUUACGACUCUGAAUAAUACGACGACACCAAGAACAUAUAAUCUCCAAAAUAAACAGAACAAGAAUAUAUAAAUUAUUAAUUAGGUUACACUUAUACUUCGCUUAACCAAAAAGAAAACAAAAAAGAAA